GACGAACUCGGCUAAACCAGUGUCGCAAUGUCAAGGUGCCAAUUAUGUUGAUUCCGCUCACGGAAAAAGUUUGAACCUGGGCGGGUUCUUUAGGGGGAAUGGCAAACAAUGGGUGAAGCUUGUAAAACCAGUCACGUCUCAACCACAGUUACAGAUGCUGCCGGUAAUUCAAAUGCGCUCCUAUGUCGCAGGAAGCAACCAUGUGUUUGAACACGGGCUCCCCGUGCGACUGUCUGGCCAACGGGAGCCCUUGCGAACCCUGCGGGAUGAACAAAAACGGGGAAGGUCAGUGUCACGCCUCCCCGCAUGGCGCCGCGGCGGAGAACACGGGCGAGCCUGACCACCCGCUUGAAAAAUCAAGUUCUUCGAAUAAGGAAAGGGACAGAAACUGGGGAUGGAUUCUGUCCGGGGUCAUCUUUAUCAACGUCCUGAUGUUGGGUAUCGCGCUGGUGAGCGGAAGUGCUUACGAGCACGUCGACAUCAGCAUGUCUGACCUCCAGGUUUUCCUCGUUAUCGUCCUCAUCAUCACCAGCAUUUGGAUGAUCUACUAUAUCAUCUUCACGGCCAGGAUUGAAAACGCCGUGGCGUACAGGGACCAACACGCCGGGCCCGUGUGGCUCAGGGGAGGAAUGGUGCUGUUUGGACUCCUCAGUAUCAUUAUGGACUUUUUUAAGAUCGCCAGCUAUGUCGGCUUCCUCCACUGCGAGUCGGCCAUCAAGAUUGUUUUUCCCGUGAUCCAGCUUGUUUUCAUUGUUGUGCAGACGUAUUUCAUGUGGGUCCAUGCAAAGGACUGCGUACAGCUACACAGGAACCUUACACGGUGCGGCCUGAUGCUCGUCCUCUCCAUUAAUCUGGUUUUGUGGAUGGCUGCGGUCACGGAGGAGUCACUCCACCAAACAGGCCACCACGGUGACGACCACGGCGACGACCACGGCGACGACCACGGUGGCGAUCACGGCAACGACACGCAUGAAUCCAACGACCACCAUGACAACAGCUCCCAUAAGCUCUGGGGACGGAACCUGUACAUCCGCAAAGCGAGUUACGGAGAGGACGAAUGCGUGUGCAGCCACUCAUCCUGCGGCCUGUUCAAAGACGCCUACUUCUACCUGUACCCCUUCAACAUCGAGUACAGCCUUUUCGCCUCCGCCAUGGCCUACGUCAUGUGGAAAAACGUCGGCCGACUGGGCGAGGCCCACGACCCGCACAGCCACGGCCACGCCCACAAGUUCCACCUCAAAGGCGCGCUCAUUGGGCCCCUGGCUGGAAUCGUACUGGUACUCGCGGGGCUGGCCACCUUCAUCGUGUACGAGAUGGACAUGAAGGAGGAUAAAGAAGAUGACCACAGCAAGAGAGACCAAGCGCUGCUGAUUCACUUCAUCAUUAACAUUGUUAUAAUAAGUCUGAUGCUGGUGGCCACCUUGGUCGGCGUGACCAUCUACAAGCUGGAUCGCCGGGAGCACGACUCGGAGAAGAACCCCACGCGGAGCUUGGAUGUGGGGCUGCUCGUGGGAACCUCCAUGGGGCAGUUCAUCAUCAGCUACUUCACGAUAGUCGCCAUGGUGGCAUCUGGAGCCCAGGGCCACCUGAACAGGCUCAAUCUGACCUGGGCUAUACUAAUGGUGAUCCAGAUCGGGCUGCAGAACUUCUUCAUCGUUGAAGGUCUCCACCGCGAGCCUUUCCACGAGGAACACCAUGAGACCAUAACCUCGGUGACCAACAUCUAUGCCAUGCACCACUACAGCAAAGAGCUGAACCAUCUGGAAGGAUCGGAAAUAAGAGUCAAGCCCGAGCUGGAGCUGCCGGCGGUGACCCCGUACGGCCACACGGUACACUACCCACAGAAACUGACGUGGAAGAGGAGGGUCCUGAAGGAAGUUUCCGUCUUUUUGCUGUUGGCCAAUAUUAUUCUUUGGAUCAUGCCGGCAUUUGGCGCUCGCCCUCAGUUCGACCACCCAGCCGAAACCGAAUUCUACGACUUCAGCAUCUGGGCUGCCAUCGUGAACGUCGGAUUGCCUUUCGCCAUCUUUUACCGCAUGCACUCAGUGGCCGCGCUCUUGGAAGUGUUCGUCAUCUCUUAAGUGGAUAACUUCAGUGGCAAAAAAUUGUUCAUUCUCUUUUUCAAUCAUACUAUUCGACAAACAAAAACAAAUGAUUACAAAUACAACUUAUCAUAAGAUACACUCACUGUACUUGUUGGUGCCGGUCCCGUCUUGGGGAAAUUGUGAGUGUGAUGCUUAAUUCCAGUCUGUUCCGAGAUUUUCUUUGGGUGGCUAGAAAGUCCCACUUCACAAAGAUACAAUACUGGAAAAGAAAGCAAGUGUUCAGUGUGUUUUUGACAGUUUUUUAAAGAUUCAUUGCCUCAUUUGCCAGCCUGUCAUCGCAUAUUAUGCAAAAGUGGCCUGAUGCGUGAGGUUCCCUUGUAGCCAUAAACCCGUAUUUGAAGUAGGACUGCUUAUAUAUUCUUAAAAACAGUUGGUGGUUCUUUCUCUUCUGUGUCCUCACUCGGUGUUUUCGUCUUUCUCAAGAGAAAGUUUGGUUUUAACUCAUUGUUGUGGGCGUACGUUUUUUUUACAUAACGUAUCACAUGACAGAGGAGAUCGGUUUGAUAUGUGUACAGAGAUAAUUGAUUUUUUUAAAUGUAAAACUUCAUUAUAUAUGAAGUAUCUAUUUUUUUUUCAGUCAUUUUAUGCAGCCCAGUAACAGUCUGCGGCCUGGUGGUUGGGGAUCACUUAUCCUAUUUAAAAUGACAGGGAAGCCAAAGUGGAUCCUAGCUCACUUUGGCCGAGAAGGGGGAAAAGGUUGUUAUUCCUUGGACUAAUCACCAGUUAAUCACAACACAUAAGAUCCACAAGCAAUCACACUCAAACAAUUCAGUGUUCACUCGACCUUACAUAAUGG